AUGAGCUUUACAAAAAUUAGUGAGGUGACUGGCAAUUUCAACACAAACAUUGUCAUUGGAUUGGGAAAGAUUGGGAUGAUGUACAAGGCAGUGCUUCCAAAUUGCUGGCCUCUUGCAGUUAAGAGGUUACAUAAUUGUCAAUCUUAUGAGAAACAAUUUCUAUCUAAGCUAUCAGCUCUGGGAGAAGGAGAGCACAAGGAUAAGAUCUUGGAAUGGCCUUUGAGGGCUAAAAUUGCGACUAGAGUAGCAAGAGACAAUGGGGUAUGGGAGUUGGGUUUUGUUAAAAAGGAUGUCUAUGACUUUGGAAUUCUGCUUCUUGAGCUAAUUACAUGGAAGGAACCUAUUAAAAUUAACAGUUUUUCAUACUGUUUUAAUGGGAGUUUAUUUGAUUGGAUAACUCACCUUUUGAGCAAUUCAUCUGAUAAUUACGGUGUUAUUGAUAAUUUUUUGAUUGACAGAGGAUUUGAUGGAGAAAUCAUUGAAUUACUUAGAAUUGCAUGUACCUGCCUUAACCCCUUCCCUAGUCAAAGGCCAACAAUGCUUGAAUUGUACAAUACAAUAAGUACUUUUGGGGAAAGCGAUGGCAUCAUAAAUGACUCUGAGAUAUUGAUGCAACCUGAAAUUACUAUUGCAAGUAGCUCAAUUGAAAUCAAUACAAUAAGUACUUUUGGGGAGAGAUAUGACAUCACAAAUGACUCUGAGAUAUUGAUGUAA